UCCACUCCAAUGUCCAGUAAAAGUGUGUCACAGCAACACGAAGAGUCAAUCGUAAAUAGUCCAAUUGAACAAAUGCCAUCAAUGAAUGGAGAUGUUGAAAAUACAACUGAUGAACCUACUUCCAGACGAAGCUGUUGAAAGGCUUGAGGAACAACAAAUAGAGGAAGGAGUUCCAGCAAGUGAGAGUAGUGGGUUCACUCAAGUGAGCACAGAACAAUUGUUCACCAUUACUUCAGAUAAUCUCCAAAAAGCAAGAGCAAAAUGCUCCUUGACCUCCAGCCAAAAUUUGGUAAAACCAACCACACCUUUGCAAUCAACAUCAAGAGCGGAUUCUUGUGCCAAGACAAGCAAUUUUGAAGAAACAUGUAUUACAAACCAAAAUUUGAUGACAAAUUAUUUAAAGCAAAUCCUUGGUGAGUUGUCAUCAAUGAAUGACAAACUGGAAAAAAUGUCACAAACACAAGAGAUGGACCUGAGGAUUGUUCAAUCCAACUUGGAGGAUAGUCUUCCAUUAAAAGACCUGGAGAGUCUUGAUACACUAGAGGAGAAACUAGAGGAAAAAAAAUGAAGAAGAACUGAUUCAUCUCCUUGCACGUGCUGGAGGAUCAUCGACAGCUGAUGCCUGUAGGAGGGCCCUGCGAACAGUGAUGGCAGAUGAAGUUGCCUGUCUAUUUAGCUGGGCAGGGCAGAAAGGGAAGAGAGCAUUUAGCUCUCUCCGAAUGAAGACAGCAGUUUUCAGAGCUGUGCAGAAACAGUUUGCAGACUCAAAGAAUAAAGACAUCGAAAGAGCAGUACAAGAUUGGCUCAAGCCAUCAAAAAAUCGCCUCCUCAGCAAGGAGAAAUCUCG